AAAGUGAAGCUCGUUCGUGAUCAACAACGAAAUCUACCGUUCAUCAGGUUAAAGUGCUGCAGGUCUUCCAUGUUCACUUUGUCUGCAGUAUUUGCCCUUUGAGCAGGUCUGCUGUAAUUAGUCUGCCGGGUAUCUUUUCCUGCACUGGUCUCAUUACAGCAGCAUAUGAGAUGAGUGCAGCCUCUUCUCUGCAUCCUGUGUCUCAUAGUGAGUUGGACCAGAGCCAGACCUAUAACAUGACCCCACCACACCUCGAUUUCUCCUGGAGUCCUGUUGUCUCUAUUUCGUGGUUUGUCCCAGCAUUGCAGUAUCAGGCUUUCAUGCUGGUCUGAAAAUCUCAUGGUAAUAACUCCCAAAGUGUUUUCUACUCGUGCAUGAGACUGAAGAAAAUCCCAGCAUCUAACAGAGGUUCUGCGUUUCAGGGUGAUUUGCUUCAGUGCUCAAGAAAAGAAAUUAAACACCAAUGUGCAGUAUUCACUUUGGUGUGGCGCAUCGUCUCGUGGUGCGAACAGAAAUAGGUUAUAGUACUUUGCCUCUAGAGAAAUACUGUAGUUCGCUCUGAUCCACUUUCUCGGUGAAUCAGUGCGCAGCGGGGACGCGUGCAGGGAGGCUGUCAGUCCUCACCAUCCCUCCCACUGGCUGCAGCAGGAUGCUCGGUGUCUCUCCAGUUUCCUUAAUCCUCAAACGCAACUGGAGCCGACGGAGGUUUGCAACGGAGCGAGAGCGGGAGUCUUCACCUGUAGAUAUUUGAUCUUAACCUGUGUUUAACUGUUGCCAAAAAAAAAAAACACACAGCGCACUUCAGAAACAAAGACUCGGCGAUUCGGAUAUUGCAUCGCUGCACAGUCGUUGGAAAUCACUUAAUUAUUCCAGUGUUUUGCGUCGCCCUGUCCGCUGGUACAACGAGAUAUUGCAAGCUGUAUGGAGGGAUGUCGGCAUGGCUUGCACCAGGAGAACCAAAACUUUGGUGUCCACAUGCGUAAUCCUAAGCGGCAUGACCAACAUUGUUUGCCUGCUCUAUGUCGGAUGGGUUACUAAUUACAUCGCCAAUAUUUACAUCAAAGUCCCAAUGCCUUUACCGGAGAGAAAGUUAGAUGGUGAUAAAGGAGGCGACACUCUCCGGAUCAUGGAGAGGCUUGAUCGGCUGGAGAAUGUGGUCAACCAGCACAUACAAGAGACUCCAGGGAGGGAAGAGGAUGGCCAAGCAGACACAUCAUUCUCUGACUCAUCGCUGUUCGCUCACUGGGGUCAGGAGCUCAGCCCGGAUACCCGGCGGGUGGCACUGAAGAUGUUCCAGUACUAUGGUUAUAACGGCUACCUCAGUGAUCGCCUCCCUUUAGACAGGACAAUUCCGGACCUCAGGCCUGAUGGGUGCAGAAACAUCACUUAUCCUUUAAACCUUCCUCAAGUGAGCAUUGUGUUCAUUUUUGUGAAUGAAGCCUUGUCUGUCAUCCUGCGGUCCAUUCACUCUGCCAUCAACAGGACGCCCUCCCACCUCCUCAAAGAGAUAAUCUUGGUGGAUGACAACAGCAAUAACAAUGAGCUAAAGGAGAAGCUGCAGAAUUUUGUGUCUGAGACUAACAGCCAUCGUCCGGGAUUCAUUAAAAUGGUGCGGCAUGCCAAACAGGAGGGUCUGAUCCGGUCAAGAGUGAGCGGGUGGAGGGCUGCCACCGCCCCAGUUGUUGCUCUGUUUGAUGCACAUGUCGAGUUCAGUGUUGGUUGGGCUGAACCCAUUCUGCAGAGAAUUAAAGAAGACAGAACCCGCAUAAUCUCCCCAUCAUUUGAUAACAUCAAGUAUGACACAUUUGAGAUUGAAGAGUAUCCGCUGUCUGCCCAGGGAUUUGACUGGGAGCUGUGGUGUCGUUACCUCAACCCACCCAAGUCCUGGUGGCACAGGGGCAACAAGAGUGCACCAAUCCAGAGCCCAGCCCUGAUUGGAUGCUUCGUUGUGGAUAGGCUGUACUUUGAGGAGAUUGGUCUGCUGGAUGAGGGGAUGGAGGUGUACGGGGGAGAGAAUGUCGAGUUGGGCAUCAGAGUGUGGCAGUGUGGCGGCAGUGUUGAGGUCCUCCCAUGUGCUCACAUCGCCCACAUCGAGCGUGCUCAUAAACCCUACACUGAGGAUCUAAUCUCUCAUGUGCGGCGAAAUGCCCUCCGAGUUGCAGACGUUUGGAUGGAUGAAUUUAGAAGCCAUGUCUACAUGGCCUGGAAUAUUCCCCUGGAGGACUCAGGGAUUGAUAUUGGUGAUAUCUCUGAGAGGAAGGCUCUGAGGAAGAGGCUGCAGUGUAAAACUUUCCGAUGGUACCUGGUCAACAUCUACCCUGAGAUGAGGAUGUAUAGUGACACCAUCUCAUAUGGAGUACUGAAAAACUCUCUGAAGAAUGAUCUGUGUCUGGACCAGGGCCCCGACAAUGACAACGUGCCAAUCCUGUAUCUCUGUCACGGGAUGACACCUCAGAAUGUGUACUACACCAGUACACAGAAGCUCCACAUAGGGCUCCUCAGUCCCACCGUUGAUGAUGACGACAACAAGUGCCUGGUGGAUGUCAAUAGCAGACCUCGUCUCAUCGAGUGCAGCUAUGCUACAGCCAAACGCAUGAAGCUCCACUGGCUCUUCACUCAGGGAGGAUCCGUUCAGAACAGGAAAUCAAAGCGAUGCCUAGAGCUUGUAGUGAGCACUGAAAAUGAGUUUGGCUAUCAACUGGCUCUGCAGAAAUGCACUGGACAGAAAUGGUUCAUCACAACCGUGCUGUUUAGCAGCUCUUUAUGAUCGACUGCUGAAAGGAACACUGCAGUAAAUAGCACAGCCGACUGGAUAGUUGUAUCUUUUGUGCGGACGUGUGUAUGUGCACAUGUCUGUGUGAGCGGGUAAGAAGCAGGAGAACGGUGUGUGGUUGAGCAUGUUCAUUAUGAGCACCACAAUGUCCUCUGAUGAGUGGUCAACAAAACAUCGUAAAUGUUAAACAUUUUAUUUUGCCUACAGGAUGAGCCAUAGUUGGCGGAUAUUUUGCAGAUCUGACCAUGUAAUAUAUUCAGUAUAUUUUGUGGUAAAUAUGGUACAGUCAGAUUUUUGUUGACUUUAAAGAUGUAAUGGGUCCAAUAUGUUUUUGUACUUUGUUCAUAGUUGCUACUGUGUAGCAAACCUUCUGAACCUGUCCCUGCUGUAACUGUUUUAUUUUAGUGUCUCAGGUUUGUAGGUUUAUUAUCUGAUCCAGCUGUAUAGAUGUGGGAAAAUGUUGGAAUAAAUCUGAAAAUGAUAGAUUAUUUUCUACAUGUAAAUAUAUCAAAUAUUUGUAUUAUACAACAGUAAAAUAACCCAUGUAAACUUUUGAAUGGAAGUGCUUUUUUAUUUGUUUGUUAAAGGCACAAAGGGGUCGCCCUGUGACUGAUAUGACUGGAACUGGCCAUCAAUCCAAAAAAGAUUUUUUUUAAACUAAAAUUUCUGACACGUACGGCGGCCCUGGGGGUUAAAAACACAAAACAAACAAAACACAACAAAUUAAGAAAAUCUUCCAUAGUUUCCACAACCAAAAAGAGAAGCAAAUACAGAAAUGCUGAACGUUGCAACUGAACAAGCUGAUAAAAGACAUUUUCGAGGGAGAAU